AUGGGCCGACAGCAACAUCUCGCAACUACCUCCGACGAGCCUUCUUUUAAAAAGAGAUGUUGCCAGUCGUGGUCUUUACACCGAGGUUCCCCAUACUCUCCUCAGGCAGCCCGGCACGCAAUGCUCCUCUCAAGGGCUCUCAUUCCUCUUGCGUUGGCCUUCCUGACUGCCGGAGCUUCCAUCGAGUCCCGCGCCAGUGCACCCAAGGUUACACUCGACAGCGGGGUGUUCACAGGCAAGGUCGGCUCUUCAAACACACAGAGCUUCCUCGGAAUCCCCUUCGCACAACCUCCUGUCGGGCAACUGCGAUUCCAACUCCCACAGCCGAUCCCAGCGUAUAACGGAACACAUACAGUCACCUCCUUUGGACCCGGCUGUCCACAGCAGGCAUUCAAACUACCGAUUGUCGAUGGGCUACCGCAAGAGGUCUUGGAUUAUAUAACGAACACGGCGUAUGGUAUUAUAUUCCCAUCGGAUGAAGAUUGCCUGACUAUCAAUGUGAUCAAGCCAAAUACCGCAACUUCGUCGUCCAAGCUCCCUGUUGUCGCCUGGAUAUUCGGUGGUGGUUUUGAGCUGGGGAGCCCUGCGAUGUACGACGGAACGGCUAUCGUUGAACGCUCGAUCUCCAUGGGCGAACCCGUUGUCUACGUGUCGAUGAAUUAUCGCGUGUCAGCUUUUGGCUUCCUUGCAAGCAAAGAAGUACGCGCCGCAGGUAUCGGUAAUCUUGGCCUGCAAGACCAACGGCAAGCGCUGCGCUGGAUCCAGAAAUACAUUGGUGCUUUCGGAGGCGACCCGACAAAGGUCACAAUCUGGGGCGAAUCCGCAGGUGCCAUCUCCGUCGCGUUGCAAAUGAUCGCCAACAACGGCAACAACGAGGGGCUGUUCCGCGCCGGCUUCAUGGAAUCGGGCUCACCUAUUCCAACCGGCCCUCUCGAAAGCGGACAGAAAUACUACGAUGCCAUCGUUAAGCAAGUUGGCUGUUCAAGUGCCGCAGACACUCUUGCUUGCCUACGGACAGUCCCAUAUGCAACACUCAAAGCAGCACAGGACGCUUCACCCGGUAUUUUUGCCUACCAGUCACUCGCACUCGCAUGGCUGCCUCGGGAAGACGGCGUUUUCUUGACCGACAACCCACAACGGCUCGUGCAACAAGGCAAGGUCGCGAAUGUCCCCUUUGUCACCGGCGACUGCGAUGAUGAAGGCACACUGUUUUCGCUAUCGACGCUCAACAUCACGACGGACUCACAGUUCAUCAACUGGGUCCACUCCAACUGGGUCCCGCAAGCAACAACCGCGCAAGCUAAUACCUUUUCGUCGCUGUAUCCUUCCUCACUCAGCGACGGGUCGCCUUUCGACACGAGCAUUCUUAAUGGACUCACGUCGCAGUUCAAGCGUAUUGCUGCCUUCCAGGGAGAUGGCGUGUUCCAGGCUCCCAGACGAUUUUUCCAGCAGUCGCAGUCAGGCAAACAGAAGCAGUGGGGUUUCCUGAGCAAGCGUCUCAAAGCCGUUCCCUUCCUCGGCUCGUUCCACGCCUCGGACAUCCUCAACGUCUACUUCGACGGCGAGCUGACCGACUAUCUCAUCAAUUUCGCCACCAGCCUCAACCCGAACGGACAGACGGUGCCGAACUGGCCGGCGUACACGACCGCAACGCCGAAUCUGAUGACAUUCCUCGAUGGGCUGUUCCCAACCACGAUCACACAGGACACCUACCGCGCAGACGCAAUGGCGUUCUUGACGAACAUGACGCUUCAAUUCCCGCUUUGA